GCUAGCUGUUGCAACAUCAUGGAUAUUAGUUAGAGGCUGGCGUUGCCCAUGACUACUGCACAAAAUGGGAGGUUCAAGUGAGAAUGGAUUCACUUUGAGGACUUGAAUAUAUAGAUAUUUUUAUUUUAUUUCUUUGGCGUCGUUUUAAUCCGGAGCAGCGAUGAGAGGAUAGGGUGCGGGCUUCGGGCACAGACAGACAGAUAGAUGAGCAGGUUUAGCUUCAGUAGCUAGAUGCCUUUACAGAGAAACGCGCAGCAUUUAGUGCAGCUUACAUUCAUUUUGUUCUUAAGACAUUUGGUUCAGGUUAAAUGUUGUUUAUGCGUUUAGACUAGUGGCCGUUUUGGGUUAAUGAGCACAGCGAGGUGACGCUAGUCUCGCUAUUUUCACAGCAGCGGCGCGCGCGGGCCUCUUCUACUCUCCAUAACCCUGCUUUUACUCACACACACACACACAGCUGCGUGUAAACAGACCCAUCUACACACUCGCUCUUAUUAUUCCAGUGUACGAUAACGUGCCCGAGGCUUUAAUAACGCUGAAUAUUAUAAUACAUGCUGUGUAAUUUAGACCCAUUUUCUAUUCUGGGAUGUCACGAAUUGGUAUUUUGGGCACAACAUAGUCUAUUUGCGUUAAUGUAAAAAAAAAAAAAAAACAAGCUCCCUUAAUAUCCCGCUACUUUGAAUGAAAUACGGCCGCCUGCUGCAGGUAAGGAAGGAAGGAAGCGCGCUGCCCGCCUGCUGUUGUCAACGCCACUUGCUAAUAUCACCAAGCUAAUCGAGCUAGCUAAUCUAAUGCCUCAGUGUCUUGGCGAAAAUUCAUCUUGCAGUCGGGAAACGUUUCUGGACGCGGAUGGAAAUGAGAAUCAGGAUCCUCACGAACAAAACGUUGCAGGUUCUGUGAUGGACACGGUCUUCUUUGUGCCCAGGAUGCACGUACCAGAUUGGCAGUCGGACACACGUUUGCUGCAAUGAGAUAAUAGAAGUGGUCUACAUGAGAGAACUGUGACAUUCGUCCCUCCAUAUUCUCUGUUUGACAUUUGAGCAUCAGAAUAUGACCACGCAAGCUCUUCUGCCGCUGUCGGGGCGCAGGAUACCCACUCUGUCUCCAGGCGCUUCGUCGUUUCCCCACCAUAGAGCAACCUUGCGGCUUUCGGAGAAGUUCAUCCUCCUGCUCAUCCUCAGUGCCUUUAUCACCCUUUGCUUUGGGGCGUUUUUCUUCCUCCCGGACAAUUCUAAGCACAAGCGCUUUGACUUGGGUUUAGAGGAUGUUUUGAUACCACACGUUGAGCCUGGGAAGGAAGGACGACAUGGCAGCGAGCAGGUUAUACAUGGGCAAGGAGUACACGAUGAGCAUCGACACAGGGAAGAGGAGGAGAGUCUCCGCAGUAAAAUCCGGGCAGAUCAUGAGCGUGCACUGCAGGAGGCCAAGGAGAAACUUCGCAAGUCCAAAGAUGAGCUGAGGGCAGAGAUCCAGACAGAAAAGAAUAAGGUGGUAAAGGACCUGAAAAAGAAGGAUGGGCCAAAGCCUCUGCCCCCAGUGCCCAUGCCCAAACUGGUGGGCAUCAAUGAUGGAGAUCCUGGAGACCCCGAUGUUAAAGAGAAACGGGAUAAGAUCAGAGAGAUGAUGAAGCACGCAUGGGACAGCUACAGGCAGUACGGCUGGGGACACAACGAGCUCAAACCUAUCGCCAAGAAAGGGCAUUCCACAAAUAUAUUUGGUAAUUCCCAGCUGGGGGCCUCAAUAGUAGACGCCCUGGACACACUCUACAUAAUGGGCCUUCAUGAUGAGUUUAAAGAUGGUCAGGAGUGGAUUGAAAAGAACCUGGACUUCAGUGUGAAUGCAGAAGUCUCUGUCUUUGAGGUCAAUAUCCGUUUCAUUGGGGGACUGCUUGCUGCAUACUACCUCUCUGGACAAGAAGUUUUUAAGGUGAAGGCUGUUCAGCUAGCUGAGAAGCUGCUUCCUGCCUUCAACACACCUACAGGCAUCCCGUGGGCCAUGGUCAACCUCAAGAGUGGUGUGGGCCGUAACUGGGGCUGGGCCUCGGCUGGGAGCAGCAUCUUGGCUGAGUUUGGAACGCUGCACAUGGAGUUUGUGCACCUUACAUAUCUGACUGGGAAUCCUGCUUAUUAUCAAAAGGUGAUGCAUAUCCGGAAACUGCUGGCGAAAAUGGACAGGCCUAAUGGCCUCUACCCGAACUACCUGAACCCUCGCACAGGUCGCUGGGGCCAGCAUCACACAUCAGUGGGAGGCCUCGGAGACAGUUUUUAUGAGUAUCUCUUGAAGGCCUGGCUCAUGUCUGAUAAAACUGAUGCAGAGGCUCGCAAAACCUAUGAUGAUGCUAUUGAGGCUAUUGAGCGUCACCUCAUCCGGAAGUCCAGCAGUGGCCUCACCUUCAUUGGUGAGUGGAAGAAUGGCCACCUGGAGCGCAAGAUGGGCCAUCUGACCUGCUUUGCUGGGGGCAUGUUCGCUCUAGGGGCUGAUGGGUCACCAGGAGACAAAGCUGGCCACUACCUGCAGCUGGGAGCUGAAAUUGCACAUACUUGCCAUGAGAGCUAUGAUCGCACAGUUCUGAAGCUUGGUCCAGAGGCCUUCAAGUUUGACAGUGGUUUGGAGGCAGUUGCUGUGAGGCAGAAUGAGAAGUAUUACAUCCUGAGGCCGGAGGUGAUCGAGACUUACUGGUACAUGUGGAGAUUCACACACGACCCCAAAUACAGACAGUGGGGCUGGGAGGCAGCUCAGGCUAUAGAUAAGUAUUGCAGAGUCAGCGGGGGUUUCUCUGGGGUUAAAGACGUCUACUCCUCCAACCCCACCUAUGAUGAUGUCCAGCAGAGCUUCUUCUUGGCAGAGACUCUGAAGUAUCUAUAUCUGCUGUUCUCCAGUGAUGACCUGCUACCUUUGGAGAACUGGGUUUUCAACACAGAAGCUCAUCCGCUACCGGUACUGCAUCUGGGCAACAUCACCUUGCCUGGCAGCCUGGCAUAGCCUCAGCGAGUGUGGGCACUCGCCGCCUCCUUUUCUGAAAGACUGCAGGUACCAGGUUCAGGAGUUACUGCGUUGAGGGUCUCUUCUGCUCAACCACUGUGCCACCUGGACUCUGGGUUUUUACUGCCAAGCAGAGGGGACCAGGACACAAACUUGGACUCUGUCUACUCAUCUAUAUGUCUCCUUGUAUUUUUUUUUUUUCACUAUCUCUGAUAACCUGCCGAUCAGGCACAGACAGCUUAUGUGACUCAUUCAUUGGCUGCAUGGCUCUGACAUUGGUGGAAACUGUUAGAACACCACAGCUCAGCAAACGAAUCAGCAGCAGUCAUGUGUUACAGUGAACAAACACACACAGGAAAUAUGUAUUUUCUCGGUGAAGAAGGAAGACUUUACAUGGCUUUUUUUGUUUGGUUGUUUUUUUUUUUAAUAGCUUUCAUUGCUUAAUCGCAGCAGCAGGACAAACGGUUCUUCAUUGACUCCCUCAUGCUGAACUCUGACCCAGACCUGGAGCUGUGGGAGACAGCAGCUGGAUGAUAUGACCUCUGAAAUCUCUCCCACACACUCUCUCUCUCUCUCUCUCUCUCUCUCUCUCUCUCUCUCUCUCUCUUUGAGAGAAUACAGGCCCGAGGCACCCUGGGAUCUCUGUGGCUUCUCUUGUACUAAUACAGUAUCCGCGUGAGUGUGUGCACAUUCUUGUGUUAGUCUGCUAUCAGCCUCCAGCACACUUCAGUCAAAUUCUGGUCCAGAUUUUAAGUUAAGCAUUUUCUUGGUUUGCCAUCAUUAGUGGGUGAAAUGGCUAAAGUUUCAUGUUAAUUUGUAGCUCUAAUAGAUAACUUUGCACAUGGCACAGAAGUUUAUUCCAAAACCCUUUUCCAAAAAAAAAAAAAAGACAGAGAAAAACAUUCAAUCAGUUUCUGUUGCAGUGAGCAUGUGAGUAUACCCUGUUUCCUUUCAACCACUCAGUCAGUCUGAAAUAAAGGGUUGUGUGUUCUGGCUCUCAUCCACACUGCUCUGUACUCAGACUGACUGAAUUAAUGUUGGAUUUAUGGCCUCUCAUAUUCACGUUUUCAUAAAGUAAAAGAAAGACUGCAUGUCUUUCCCUGAUAAUGGUUCUUAUUUUUUCCAACAGAUGAAUUCCACCACUAAACAUUAGUCAAGGCGGAGAGGAUGAUUCAUUUUUAAUAUCCUACAGUGAAUAACUUUUGAUAAGUCCAGUCAUGUUUUCUAUAAAUGUAUACAGAGAUUAUGCUAACAUGUCCAUGAUAAAGCCACUUUUUGUACUGGUUUUGCACCAUUCUUGGACUAAAGUGCAGGAGUUGUAUGGGCUUUGGAUCAAUUUAAUUUUUUUUUUUUUAAUUUCCCAUUCAGUAGAUCCUGAGUCUUUUUAAUAUGUGGAUGUGUUCCCCCACCACUGCAUGCUGCUCUGUCUGUCACUGAACUGACAAGAGGCUGCAGCUGCCAUAUUUAGAGAGGCUUCAGCAAGAGGUUCAAGUCUGAAGAGACAGGAAGGGGGACACCAGUGCUGUACUUCUUCACAUAAGUUCAGGAAAACUUUUUUUUUUUUUAAACAAGGUAGUUCCUCUCAGAUUUGUCCACUGGAAAACAAUAUGUAGUGUUUAUAAUGCACAUCACAUCACAAAUGGUACUGGCAGGUAGGAACUAUUUUAUCUCGCGUGCAAAAAUAGAGGUAUCCCUUCCCCAGCUCUCCACUCCUCCUUUAACCAGUGUAGUCGCCAUUGCUUUACCCCUCCUCCAGGUGGCAGUAGCCACAGCGUGCUCAUGCUCCGGAUGCUUUGAGCUCUUUUCCCAUCUGUUCUUCCUUCCUAAUAUCCCAUUACUGUCAUCAGUUUUUGUUGUGGGAGAAGCCCAGGCUAACAUGACCACUAGGUGGAUUUUGAGAGCUGUGUUCUGUAUUCUGUAUUUUUACUGAAAUGAAAGUACUGUAAAUAUCUUUAAAAUGUGACAGAUUCAAUAAAGAUGUUACAUAAAGUGAA